AACCUCCAGCUGGUAGCUGAUGGCUGCUGUAAUCUACAGAAGCAGAUUCAAAUUACUCAGCUCUUUGAAGUUCCUGUUGUGGUUGCUCUUAAUGUCUUCAAAACUGACUCUCCUGCUGAGGUUGAUCUGGUAUGUAAAAUUGCAAAGCAAUCUGGAGCAUUUGAUGCUGUCCCCUGCAAUCACUGGUCAGCUGGUGGUAGAGGAGCAGUAAAAUUAGCUCGAGCUGUGGAAGAGGCAGCCAAUCAGAAAAACAGUUUCAAAUAUCUCUACAGCUUGGAGCUUCCUAUUGUUGAAAAAAUAAGGAUCAUUGCUCAGAAGGUGUAUGGAGCUCACGAUAUAGAGUUGUCUCCUGCUGCACAGUCACAAGUUGAUCGUUACACCCGGCAGGGGUUUGGAAAUCUUCCCAUUUGUAUGGCAAAAACUCACCUAUCGCUCUCCCAUCAGCCCGAGAGGAAGGGUGUUCCCACUGGUUUCAUUUUGCCAAUUAGUGAUGUGCGAGCCAGUAUUGGAGCUGGAUUCAUCUACCCUUUGGUAGGAACGAUGAGCACCAUGCCAGGACUGCCCACGAGGCCAUGCUUCUAUGACAUUGACCUUGACCCUGUCACGGAGGAAGUGAAAGGAUUGUUUUGA